AUGAUCGCCGCCCAGGCCAAGCUGGUGUACCAGCUCAACAAAUACUACACGGAGCGCUGCCAGGCCCGCAAGGCGGCCAUCGCCAAGACCAUCCGGGAGGUGUGCAAGGUGGUGUCAGACGUGCUGAAGGAGGUAGAGGUGCAGGAGCCCCGCUUCAUCAGCUCGCUGAGCGAGAUCGAUGCCCGCUACGAGGGGCUGGAGGUGAUCUCGCCCACCGAGUUCGAGGUGGUGCUCUACCUCAACCAGAUGGGCGUCUUCAACUUCGUGGACGACGGCUCCCUGCCCGGCUGCGCGGUGCUCAAGCUGAGCGACGGCCGCAAGCGCAGCAUGUCGCUCUGGGUGGAGUUCAUCACCGCCUCGGGCUACCUGUCGGCCCGCAAGAUCCGCUCCCGCUUCCAGACCCUAGUGGCCCAAGCCGUGGACAAGUGCAGCUACCGGGACGUGGUGAAGAUGAUCGCGGACACCAGCGAGGUGAAGCUCCGCAUCCGGGAGCGCUACGUGGUGCAAAUCACGCCCGCCUUCAAGUGCACCGGGAUCUGGCCGCGCAGCGCUGCGCAGUGGCCCAUGCCCCACAUCCCCUGGCCCGGCCCCAACAGGGUGGCCGAGGUGAAGGCGGAAGGCUUCAACCUGCUCUCCAAGGAGUGCUACUCGCUGACCGGCAAGCAGAGCUCCGCCGAGAGCGACGCCUGGGUGCUGCAGUUCGGCGAGGCCGAGAAUCGGUUGCUGAUGGGCGGCUGCAGGAACAAGUGCCUAUCGGUGCUGAAGACCCUCCGGGACCGGCACCUGGAGCUGCCCGGCCAGCCGCUCAACAACUACCACAUGAAGACUCUGCUGCUGUACGAGUGCGAGAAACACCCCCGGGAGACCGACUGGGAUGAGGCGUGCCUGGGGGACCGGCUGAACGGGAUCCUUCUGCAGCUCAUCUCCUGCCUGCAGUGCCGGCGCUGCCCCCACUACUUCCUGCCCAACCUAGACCUCUUUCAGGGCAAACCGCACUCAGCCCUGGAAAGCGCUGCCAAACAGACCUGGAGGCUAGCCAGGGAGAUCCUCACUAAUCCCAAAAGCCUGGACAAACUAUAG